UCACGAAAUCUAUUUGUUAUCCUUCUUGCACUCUUUGCAUCGUUAUAAUUUGGGUUAGAAAAGCCCAAGAUGACUCUGAUAAGCUCCAUUUUUCAAAGACAACUGCAUGGUUUCCCUGGAGAAUCGUACAUUCCUACCACCUUCGCAGUAAAGUCGUUCUCAUGUCACCGAAUAGAUGAACACAUCGUACGAGGACGGGAUGAUUCAAUGGAGGUGCCACCGUUUGCCUCACGAUUCAGCGACAGUCAAUUAGGUGGUCAUUUGUUGGCCUGUGCUGAUGAAGAUGGCUCCGUGAAAUUGCUUGACACACGAAAGUAUGGCGCCAAGUCAAUUAUCAAAGAAUGGACUGCUCACUACAAUGCUAUAUUUGACAUUGCUUGGAUGGAAGGACACCCUAAAUUGGUUACAGCAUCAGGAGAUCAGUCAGCCUUAUUAUGGGAUGUAGAGAGAGGUGAUUUACUGACAGAGUUGAGAGGACACACUUGCAGCUUGAAGUCUGUCAACUUUAGGAGAAAUGAUAUAUUCAUAAUUGGAACUGGUGCAAGAGAUGGCAAGAUCAUGAUUUGGGACAUCAGAUGCAACCGUCGUGAUGGUCACCACAAACCAGUCAAUAUAAUUCAUAAUGCUCACACUGUACAACGUAAUAGUACACCACAACAAAUACGCAAAAGAUCAAGAAGAAGAAGUAGUGUUGCCCAAGUAAAUAGUGACUGUCAACAAUCAGUGACAUCUGUCAUCUUUCAAGAUGAUAAUAAAUUAAUAUCAUCAGGUGCAAUGGAUGGUAAUAUCAAAGUAUGGGACCUGCGUAAGACAUACACCAAAUUAAAAAGCGAACCCAGCCCUUAUCACCUCUUCCCUUACCCAGGACAUGAACCACGCAAACAUGGGUUUUCUUCCCUGGUUCUUGACUCCACUCAGUCAAAGCUGUUUGCAAGUUGCACAAAUGACAAAAUUUACAUGUAUGAAUGUACAGUUUUGAAAGAUAAUCCUAUUGCUGCCUUCACUGGUCACUCUAAUUCCACAUUCUAUGUAAAAUCAGCAUUAAGUCCAGAUGAUAACUAUCUUCUCAGUGGAUCUAGUGAUAAUGAUGCAUAUCUCUGGAAUGUAAAAACUCCUCAUGCAUCUCCCAUGGUGCUCAAGGGUCAUUCCAAGGAAGUAACAAGUGUUGAUUGGUGCCCUGUUGAUGUUGGGAAGUUGGUGACUUGUGGUGAUGACAAUAACAUUAGAAUUUGGAGAAUGAAUCGACGUGCAGUAAGAGACAAAACUGAUAUCAUUGGAUGGUGUGAAGACUCUGCAAAUAAACCAUCAAGUGAAAUCUCCAGUCCCAAUCCUGGAACUAAAUCACAUGCAACACCACUUAAACAAAGUGUUAAUACCUCAAUAAAAUUCCCUGGUGACCUGCAAACACAAUCUCCACCAAACAGUGCAAGGUCUCCUUUGGUGAGGACACCAGGAAGAAAAAUGAUGUUUUUCCCUUUUCCUCCUUCACCUACUAUUUUACAAGUUUUUGCAAGUCCAUCUUCACCAACCUCAACAAAGUUGCAAAGCAAACAACAAUCAUUGAGUUCCUGGUUGACAUCAUCACAAGAAAACACAAAUUUGUCUCAAGAUGACCAGCAACUGCAAGCAAUGGCAAGAAAGAAAACAAAUGCAUCUCAAAAUGGCAAAAAAUCACAAACUCACAAAGACAUCCAACUGUCUCUAGAUGACAAAGAAGAGCAAGCAAGCCGCAAGGAAAGCACAAACAUUGAAAUGAACAAAAAACUUAAUUGUGGUACAAUUGUUGGGGCUACGAACAAAGGACAAAGGCCUCUCUUCCAUGAAAGAAAAUCAGAAGACAAAAAUGAAAAAAUUCAAAAUAGUGAAAUUUCUUGGAGAGGGAAAAGAAGUCAAGACAUACCAAAUAGUGAUAGUUUCAAUGAUGAUGUUUUACUGCCAGCUAAGAAAAGGCAGUGCAUAGAUGGACCAUCAGACUUCAGAACAAAUGGCAAUCAUGUUGAGAGAGCACACAAUACUCAUAGCAAGGAAAAUAUGAGACCUAAUGGCAACAGGAAUACAAAAACAUUAGAGAGAAAGGAUGAUAAUGGGAAACCUAACAACAUCAAUUGGUUUAUUAACUGGAAAAUCUAUAUCAAACACAGUAAAACACAUGAAAAGAGUAAACCAGCAAGUCAUGAGGAAAUGGAGGACAAUAAAGAAUCAAGAGCAUCCACUGAGAAGCCCAAGCUUGCUGAUCCUGGACAAACCAUUCUCAGAUACUUCAAGCCUGUACUUAGUCCAAUCAAAGAACAGAUCAACAAGACCACUACUAAAACUAAAUAACACUUUGACAUUAUAUAGAAUAAUAUUAUAUACAGAUAUAAUGAUAUUUUUAAAGCAGAGUAUAUAAUUAUUAUGUUUAACAUCCACUUAAUAAACAGUAGAUCAUUAUGUUUAACUGCUCUGACAAGUAUUUCUAUCCACUCGAUACACAUUCGAUCCACUGGAUACACAUAGCAAAUGCACUCGAUACACAUAACAAAUCAGUUCCACACACAUAAUAACAAAUCAAUUUGAUGCACAUUCACAGCCACUGCAGCAACUCUGAAAAAGGCUUUUGGGAGGAGGACAAACCAAGCUAGCAUCCYUUGUCAGUCUAAAUGAGUGUUUUAAGAUUUCAUGAAUUUUAUAAUCCUGGGAUAAUAGAGUCACAUCAUUAGUUUUAUUGCUUCCCAUGUCUGUUCCCCAUACAACAAUUCCUAUGAAGUUUGACUAUAUGAACAAUGUWAUAUAAUAAUGUACUGCCAGUGCUACCUCUUGAAUUUGGCAGACGAUUUUAUGGUAGCUUUAUCUGRGUUUGUUUUGAAUUCUUAUUGUGGUCARCUAUUUUAACCGGAAACCAUCKAAGUAUGUAGUUCUUCAUUUCUGUUAAU